UGGACCCGCGGGGCCCGGCGCCCCAGACGCUGCGCCGCCGGGACCGAGCCCAAGAUGUCGGCCUAGGCCGGGGCGCGACGACGCGGACGGGGCGGCGACGAGGCGCCACCGCUGCCGGGGCUCGCGGCCGCCGGGCCCCCGAAGGCUCGCCCUGACGGACUGGCCGAGCGGGCGGCGAGAGGCCGGCGAGUGGGGAGCGGGCCGCGCGGCACCAUGUCGGCCAAGGUGCGGCUCAAGAAGCUGGAGCAGCUGCUCCUGGACGGGCCCUGGCGCAACGAGAGCGCCCUGAGCGUGGAGACACUGCUCGACGUGCUCGUCUGCCUGUACACCGAGUGCAGCCACUCCGCCCUGCGCCGCGACAAAUAUGUGGCGGAGUUUCUCGAGUGGGCUAAACCUUUUACACAACUGGUGAAGGAAAUGCAGCUUCAUCGAGAAGACUUCGAAAUAAUUAAAGUAAUCGGAAGAGGGGCUUUUGGUGAGGUUGCUGUUGUCAAAAUGAAAAACACUGAACGAAUUUAUGCCAUGAAAAUCCUCAACAAGUGGGAAAUGCUUAAAAGAGCAGAGACUGCUUGCUUCCGAGAAGAACGUGACGUGCUGGUGAACGGUGACUGUCAGUGGAUCACCACGCUGCACUAUGCCUUUCAGGACGAGAAUUACCUGUACUUGGUCAUGGAUUACUAUGUGGGUGGUGACUUACUGACUCUACUCAGUAAGUUUGAAGACAAGCUUCCAGAAGACAUGGCAAGAUUCUACAUUGGAGAGAUGGUGUUGGCCAUUGAUUCUAUCCACCAGCUUCAUUACGUGCACAGAGACAUUAAACCUGACAAUGUCCUUUUGGAUGUGAAUGGUCACAUUCGCCUGGCCGACUUUGGAUCAUGUUUGAAGAUGAAUGACGAUGGAACUGUUCAGUCCUCUGUAGCCGUGGGCACACCGGACUACAUCUCGCCGGAGAUUCUGCAAGCGAUGGAGGAUGGCAUGGGCAAGUACGGCCCCGAGUGUGACUGGUGGUCUCUGGGCGUCUGCAUGUACGAAAUGCUGUAUGGAGAAACCCCGUUUUAUGCAGAAUCACUCGUGGAGACCUACGGAAAGAUCAUGAACCACGAAGAGCGAUUCCAGUUUCCGUCCCAUGUCACUGACGUAUCUGAAGAAGCGAAAGACCUCAUUCAGAGACUGAUCUGCAGCCGAGAGCGCCGACUCGGGCAGAACGGGAUCGAGGACUUCAAGAAGCACGCCUUCUUCAAAGGCCUGAACUGGGAGAACAUCCGGAACCUGGAGGCGCCCUACAUCCCUGACGUGAGCAGCCCCUCGGACACGUCGAACUUUGAUGUGGACGACGAUGUGCUGCGGAACAUCGAAAUGUUACCUCCUGGCUCCCACACAGGCUUCUCCGGGCUUCAUUUGCCGUUCAUUGGUUUUACGUUCACAACAGAAAGCUGUUUUUCUGAUCGAGGCUCUCUGAAGAGCAUAAUGCAGUCCUGCACAUUACCCAGAGAUGAGGGCGUGCAGCGGGACUUGGAGAACAGCUUGCAGGUGGAAGCGUACGAGAGGAGGAUACGGAGGCUGGAGCAGGAGAAGCUGGAGCUGAGCAGGAAGCUGCAAGAAUCCACCCAGACCAUACAGUCCCUCCACGGGUCAGCUCGCGCCCUGGGCACCUCAACCCGAGAUAAAGAAAUCAAAAAGCUAAACGAAGAGAUCGAACGCUUGAAGAAUAAAAUAGCAGAUUCAAACAGGCUCGAGCGGCAGCUUGAGGACACAGUGACGCUGCGUUCAGAGCAGGAGGACCCCGUUUACCGGCUGAAGGGCCUAGAGAAGCAGCACCGCGUGCUGCGCCAGGAGAAGGAGGAGCUGCACAAGCAACUGGCUGAAGCUUCAGAGCGCCUCAAGUCCCAGGCCAGGGAACUCAGAGAUGCCCACCAGCAGCGGAAGCUGGCCCUGCAGGAGUUCUCAGAGCUCAAUGAGCGCAUGGCGGAGCUGCGUUCCCAGAAGCAGAAGGUGGCACGCCAGCUCCGGGACAAGGAGGAGGAGCUGGAAGCCGCGCUGCAGAAGGCGGACACAAUGCGGCAGGAGGUCCGCAGGUCUGAGAAGCUCAGGAAAGAGGUAGCUCUCCUGGAAGCUCAGCUCGAGGACGCCGUGGCCGAGGCCUCCAAGGAGCGCACGCUUCGCGAGCACAGCGAGAGUUUCUCCAAGCAGGUGGAGAGCGAGCUGCAGGCCCUCAAGAUAAAGCAAGGAGGCCGCGGACCAGGUGCCACCCUAGAACAUCAGCAGGAGAUUUCCAAAAUAAAAUCUGAACUUGAGAAGAAAGUCUUGUUUUAUGAAGAGGAAUUGGUCAGACGCGAGGCCUCCCAUGUCCUAGAAGUGAAAAACGUGAAAAAGGAGGUGCAUGACUCUGAAAGCCACCAACUGGCCCUGCAGAAAGAGAUCUUAAUGUUAAAAGAUAAAUUAGAAAAGUCAAAGCGAGAACGGCAUAACGAAAUGGAGGAGGCAGUCGGUACAAUAAAAGAUAAAUAUGAUCGAGAACGAGCAAUGCUGUUUGAGGAAAACAAGAAAGUAACUGCUGAAAAUGAGAAGCUUUGCUCCUUUGUGGACAAACUCACAGCUCAGAACAGACACCUGGAGGAUGAGCUGCAGGGACUGGCGGCGCGGAAGGAGGCGACUGCGCAUUGGGAGGCUCAGAUCGCAGAGAUCAUUCAGUGGGUCAGCGAUGAGAAGGAUGCCCGGGGCUAUCUUCAAGCUCUUGCUUCUAAGAUGACCGAAGAGCUGGAGGCCUUGAGGAGCUCCAGUCUGGGAUCAAGAACUCUGGAUCCCCUUUGGAAAGUUCGCCGGAGUCAGAAGCUGGACAUGUCUGCACGGCUGGAGCUGCAGUCCGCCCUUGAGGCCGAGAUCCGGGCCAAACAGCUCGUUCAGGAGGAGCUGAGGAAGGUCAAGGACACAAAUCUUUCCUUUGAAAGCAAACUAAAGGAUUCGGAAGCCAAAAAUAGAGAAUUGUUAGAAGAAAUGGAGAUUUUGAAGAAGAAGAUUGAAGAAAAAUUUAGAGCAGAUACCGGACUCAAGCUUCCAGAUUUCCAGGAUUCUAUUUUUGAAUAUUUCAACACCGCACCUUUGGCACACGAUCUGACAUUUAGAGACUCUGUCUCCACCUCCACAUCCUCCCUGCUAGCCUCUUGGGAAGAAACCAGCUCAGCUAGUGAACAAGAGACACAAGCUCCAAAGCCAGAGGUGUCCCCGUCGACUUCUGUGGCCGCAGGCACAGAACAGCAAGAAGACAUGGCUCGGGCCCCGCAGAGGCUGCCCGCCGGGCCGCUGCCCACCUCGCAGGCCCUCGCUCUGGCUGGACCAAAGCCCAAAGCUCACCAGUUCAGCAUCAAGUCCUUCUCCAGCCCCACGCAGUGCAGCCACUGCACCUCCCUGAUGGUGGGGCUCAUCCGGCAGGGCUACGCCUGCGAGGUGUGCUCGUUUGCUUGCCACGUUUCCUGCAAAGACAGUGCUCCCCAGGUGUGCCCCAUCCCUCCCGAGCAGUCCAAGCGGCCUCUUGGCGUUGACGUGCAGCGGGGCAUAGGGACCGCCUACAAGGGUUACGUGAAGGUCCCGAAGCCUACCGGGGUGAAGAAAGGGUGGCAGCGGGCUUAUGCGGUGGUCUGUGACUGUAAGCUCUUUCUGUAUGAUCUGCCUGAAGGAAAGUCCACCCAGCCCGGCGUCGUCGCAAGCCAAGUCUUAGAUCUCAGAGAUGAAGAGUUCUCGGUGAGCUCCGUCCUGGCGUCAGACGUCAUACACGCUUCACGCCGAGACAUUCCGUGUAUAUUCAGGGUGACAGCCUCUCUCUUAGGUACACCUUCUAAGACCAGCUCACUGCUCAUUCUGACAGAAAACGAGAACGAAAAGAGGAAGUGGGUGGGGAUUCUGGAAGGACUGCAGUCUAUCCUUCACAAGAACCGCCUGAGGAACCAGGUGGUGCACACCCCGCAGGAGGCCUACGACAGCUCGCUGCCUCUCAUCAAGGCUGUCCUCACUGCCGCUGUCCUGGAUGGUGACAGGAUUGCGGUCGGCCUGGAAGAAGGGCUGUAUGUCAUAGAGGUGACCCGUGACGUGAUCGUCCGCGUCGCUGACUACAAGAAAGUGUACCAGAUUGAGCUUGCCCCCAAAGAGAAGGUCGCUGUCCUGCUCUGCGGCCGGAACCACCACGUCCAUCUCUGCCCAUGGUCCGCCUUUGACGGGGCGGAAAGCAACGUUGACAUCAAGCUUCCAGAAACAAAGGGCUGCCAACUCAUAGCAACUGCGACGCUGAAGAAGAGCUCUGCCACCUGCCUGUUUGUGGCGGUGAAGCGGCUGGUCCUCUGCUAUGAGGUCCAGAGAACUAAGCCUUUCCACAGGAAGUUCAAUGAGAUCGUGGCCCCUGGCACUGUGCAGUGGAUGGCCGCGGUCAAGGACAAGCUCUGUGUUGGCUACCCCUCUGGGUUCUCUCUGCUGAGCACGCAGGGAGACGGGCAGGCUCUCACCCUGGUAAAUCCCAGUGAGCCCUCGCUUGCCUUCCUCUCCCAGCAGCCUUUCGAUGCCCUUUGUGCUGUGGAGCUCCCGAGCGAGGAGUACCUGCUCUGCUUCAGUCACAUGGGACUAUAUGUGGACCCGCAGGGCCGGAGGUCACGCGUACAGGAGCUCAUGUGGCCCGCGGUGCCCGUCGCCUGUAGUUGCAGCCCGUCACACGUCACAGUGUAUAGCGAGUACGGCGUGGACGUCUUUGACGUGCACACCAUGGAGUGGGUUCAGACUAUCGGCCUGCGGAGGAUACGACCACUGAACUCGGAAGGCACCCUCAACCUCCUCAAUUGUGAGCCUCCCCGCUUGAUCUACUUCAAGAGCAAAUUCUCGGGAGCGGCUCUCAACGUGCCCGACACCUCUGACAACAGCAAGAAGCAGAUGCUUCGGACCAGAAGCAAGAGGCGGUUUGUGUUCAAGGUGCCCGAGGAGGAGAGGCUGCAGCAGCGGCGGGAGAUGCUUAGAGACCCAGAGCUGAGAUCCAAAAUGAUUUCCAACCCCACCAACUUCAAUCACGUGGCCCACAUGGGCCCUGGCGACGGGAUGCAGGUGCUCAUGGACCUGCCGCUGAGCGCUGCGCCCCCCUCCCAGGAGGAAAGGCCUGGCCCCGCUCCCACCAGCUCGUCCCGGCAGCCUCCGCCCAGGAGCAAACCCUAUAUCUCGUGGCCGUCAUCAGGUGGCUCCGAGCCUGGAGUGGCGGUGCCUCUGAGAAGCAUGUCUGAUCCCGACCAGGACUUUGACAGAGAGCCUGAUUCAGACUCCACCAAACACUCGACUCCAUCCAACAGCUCCAACCCCAGCGGCCCACCGAGCCCCAACUCCCCGCACAGGAGCCAGCUCCCCCUUGAAGGCCUGGAGCAGCCGGCCUACGACGCCUGAAGUCCCCGGCCCAGUACCUCACCAUCACGGGCCAGGGAGCCGGGUGGCCUCCACCACCAGCGCCAAGACGGAGCUGACUGACCCUGCACUGUUGUCCAAGGAAGCAUAGGGUCCAUUUGUAGAUAUGGAGAUGAAGAAAAAUCUUUAUUAUAAUAAUGAUCAGUUUUAUGCCGCGGUGUUUGUGGCAGUUGACCAGAUCCUGUCUGCACAGCUGUGAGGCGACACUGUUCCGUUUGCACAUGAAGGACCAGCACACAGCCUCUCGUGCCGAGAACCAGCUGAGAGGGCGCGUGUGGCCUGCCGACGCCCCCCCCCGGGGAGCCCUGCAUGGGCGGCUCUGCUCAGGAAGCAGACAGCUCGGACGCCUCAGGAACGAGUCUGUUCCCUCUUUCCUGAAACUUUCCUAGGACCAUAAGAGAAUAGUAGGAAGUUGUAUGUCAUUCCCAAUGUCCCUAGAGUUUUGAAGACAGAGGAAGGUGGAGGUUAGUUUGUGGCCUUUACUCAUUUAGCCAUCACAUAGCUGCAGAAGUCCUUCUGCCGACCUUGUAGCCAUGGACAGAGGCCCAUUCCAAGUGACGUCCGCCCUGCCCUGGGUCCCUGUGUUAGUCACCCCGAGUCACAGCCACGAAGUGUCACCAGUAUCUACUACUGUGAAGUCAGCUGUGCUCUGUCUCCCACUUGCUUCCACAGCUUCUGCCUCCUGCCAUAAAAGUGGGGGUGUCACGCAGCCAGGCCCUAGGCCUGCUGGGCCAAGAGGCCAGAGCCCCAGGGGGCCCAGUGGCAGGUUCCAAGACACCCCACCCCACCCGGCCCCGCCCCUGCAUGGAGCCCCGUGAUUUAGUGCCGUGUGGGUCGUGCAGGCUCCGCUGCCUGUGAUGCGGUGACGCUCACCCUGUAUUUACUCUCACCCUUCCUGUGUCAUACGCGAGUAGUCAGGUCUGUGGUCUGUCUCCUUGAAAGCCAGCACACAGCUUGUCUUUGGCCCAGGACAGCUCUUCCCCACUCUCCCACCGGUCAGCGUUCUUGGAGAGGCUGUUUCAGACGUGCACUUAACCUUGAGUCGGCACUGAGUGACGUGGGCACCACCGGCCCGCCUGUGGGUGUCGCACACCCAGCACCUGCCCGCCCACCCACCCCCUGGGCCUUCUGCUGGGGCUGGCACCUGCUGGGGGUUCUGGUUUUUACUUUUUUAAUGUAAGUCUGUCUUUGUAAUUAUUGAAUCGUGAGAACAUUUUUUGAACAAUUUACCUGUCAAUAAAGCAGAAGACGGCAGUUUUAAAGUUCUCGGUGGUUUGUCUGAAGGUAAUGACCUGUCACCCUGAACGUGUCUGGGCACCCUCAGUGGUGCCGUGCUGGAAAUGCCUCCCCCAAAGCCUUCUUGCUUGCAGGAGUUAUUAUAGGUCAUUCACUCGGGGGUCACGCAAAAGGCCAUCUGUGCCCACGGGGCGGACUGGCCUCUGGAACAGGGCCUUCUCACCUGCCAAGGUGUCGGUGGGGGCCCGCCUGGGGGAAGCUGUGCAGGAGGGGCUCCCGUGGGUGGGGCUGCCGAGAGCAGCAGAGAACCCUAUCCACAUGCACGCACACUGGCCCCACAGCAGCACUCGGGGACAGGAUGGACAGGCCAGGCUGGGUGGCUGAGCACACUGGGGCUCUGGGCCUGAUGGGCCAGUUUCCCCAAUAGCAGGGACAGCCUGUGGUGGGGUGGAUUAUAUGUGCCCUGCUGACACCCCCAGUAAGUUCUUGUUCUUGGUAAAAUGAGGGCAGUGAUAGAACCUGCCAAAGAGGGUGGUGUGAGGAUACAAUAAAGUGCCAAGAGCAACCAGUGAGCGCCUGGCACUAUCCCUGAGGCUCUGUGCCAGUCAGCUUGGCCCAGCCCGUGCUCAGCGGCCUAAACCAAUGGCCCUGCCCUCUGCUGCAGCGUGGAGCUCCUCUCCACUGCAGUCAGGCCCGUCUUGCUGGGGCCUCCGUGGGCACCCUGGGAAAGGAAUGGGACACAUUCCAGGAGUGCUGCUCCAAAGAGCCACCCAGAAGGGGUUCCCAUCCCAGCUGUUCCCAUUGUCUUGUCAAGUCACAACAGCCCUGACCUCCCAAGGGACAGAUGGCAGUCUUGCCAUGUGCCCACUAAGGAGCCUGGGAGCAGCAGAGACCACACAGGCACAGGUGAAGGCUUUCAGAAACACCUGUGUGAAAUUGCAGCAACUGGGAAAGCAACAACAAGCGUGGAGGGUGCUGGGGGAGGGAGGAGGCUGCCUGCAGGCUUCGGGGUCACAUGGGGUAGAUCUUGGCCCCCAGUUUGAUGUCUGUGCUGCACGAGGCCAGGACACCUGUCAUGGGUCUGAAACAGACGUUCAAGUAUCAGCCGUUUUUUAAAGAUGAAACACGAGCUGUUGUAGCACAAUGAAUGGUAUUCACACAUGGAACACUACACAGCACCGAGUGACCACCACACAGACCAUGGGGCAUCAGACAGGUCCUGGCCACAAAGCGUGACUCUGAUGAUGGGCUUUCAAAAACUAACCCAUAGUCAGAAGCCAGCAGAGUGCUGGGGUGGGGCUGCUGAUGUUUCCAGACCCAGAUGCUGGUUACACAGAAAGGUCGCUUGGUGACAGUUCAAGCCGGGCACUAGGAGUACUCCACGCAUCCCGCUGAGUGGUCACCUUCGCACUGCUGCCCCGUCAGGUGUUGGGUGUCCUACUUGGGGCUGCUCAGUCCUGGCACCCACCCCCAGGUCAGAGCCACAAUCAGAAUGGGGAGGGCAAGGCCUGGCCUUGCAGUGAUGGAAACCCAGCACCCCCAGGCUGCCACCUGCCAGCAUUCUUCACAUGCUCCACCACUGUGUGGGGCCUAUGGCCUCCCACCCCUAGCAGGAGGGAUCAGCCCACCCUGUCCCUCCAGGACAGUGUUCCUGGGACCCCCACUCUGAGCAGCCCAGUCUGUCCAAUCUAGUGGAUGCCGUGUCCACCUGGCUGUCCCUGUCGCCUGUAGCUUGGGCCUGAGCCGCUUGGAAAUGGGGGAGAGGGGAGGGGUUGCGUAGCAGGCAGCGCAGCUUUCUCCACCCUCACCAGUGCUUCAGCCUCCCUGGCGCCAGUCACCUCCUGUCCUGCAGGGUGUCAUGCGGGGGUCUCUGGUCCCGCUCCCCACAUAAGAACACAGGACAUGGUGAGGCCAAAAAAGGAACACCCACGGAGCCAUAGAUAGGGGAGUCAU